AGAUAACAACAAUAUGAUUAGCUAUUCUUCUUUGAAUAAUUCCUCUACAAAUGGUGGAUCUUCCAAUAGAACCUCCACAUCUUCUUCUUCUUCUCAUCAAUUUAGAUCGGAACAUCAGAAUUCAUCAUCAUCCUCUUCUAAUACAACAACAACAACACCUUCAAGUAGUAGUACUUCUGGACGAAAUAAUAAGAAUAAUCAGAGAGGUGGUAAAUCUAAUAAUGGAAAAGGUGGUGGAAGAAAUAAUCAUCAUUCGAAUAAUAAUAAUCAAAAUCUUCAAAAUGAAGAAUUGAAACAGGCUGGAACUGGACUUCAUUUAGAUGCUUGGCCAUAUAAUUUGUGGGCUAAAUUGAGAAAGGACAUGAGUUAUGGUCAAUUGGAUAGAUUUAGACCAUUCCAAUCGAUGGUUUGUUUGACAGAUGGUCAUGAAGAUCCAACUUUGAAAGAAGGUGGAUUGGAAUUAAUUCCUGGAUUUUCUGCAAUUGCAGAAGAGUAUUUCCCAGCCACUGACAGAAAAUACAGAGAUGGAAAAUCAUUUAGAGUGAAAUCACCUUGGAUUAGUUCAUAUCAUAUUAGAUUUAAUCAACCUGAAGAUACUGAUUUGUUUGAACUUGUUAGAAAGGUGAAAAGAGUUCCAAAAGAUUGGAAGGCACCAACUAGUGCAUCUGUUCCUUCUGCAGGAUCAUCUGUGGAAGAAUAUAUGAAAUAUGUCAAUAUGGUUGUGAAAGAACAUGAUAAUAUUCCAUAUGAACCUGUCAAGAAGGGAGAUUUUGUUUAUUUUGACAUUAGAUCUCCACAUAGAAAUUCAGAUGCCAAUCACAUGGAUAGACCUAGAAGUGUAUUCUAUCAUGCUUACUCUGUAUCAAACAAGGUCAAUUUGAAAACUAUUGAAAAUUUGAAGGAAAAGAGAAAGAAGUUUGAACAUCCUGAAGAUUUCAAUGGUAAAUUCAGUAUGGAACAAAAGGUAAUGAACACUGAAACUGAUUUGUUACCUCUCUCAACCCUAGGAAAGUGUCUCUAUAAUGAAAUUUCAUACAACCCCCUCUUGCAAGAAGAUUCUAAAGAUGACGCUAUCAAGGUGAUUCUCGAAAAACAUUCAGAUGUUUUAACACAAAGACAUAUUGAUUUCUAUCAUAGAUAUGGAUAUGUUGUUGUGGAAAAUCUAGUCUCCAAUGAAGAUGUCACUCAACUUUUUAAGGAAUUGACUCAUUAUUCCGCCAAGUGUGGAUGUAAGCUCGAUUCUGAUUCUCUCACUACUUCAGAAUUCAAAAAAGUUGCAUCUGGUUUUGGAGCUAUGGUCGAAUUCUACUAUCUUCCAACUCAACAAAAGUUGAGAAUGGAUGAAAAGUUGUAUGCUUCCACUGUUAAACUUCUUUCCAAUACUUGGUGUGCCAAAUCUCCAAAUGCUCUCAAGGUACCAUAUAAAUGUCCAUUUGCCAGCGAUUUGGAUCCAAGAUGUUUGUGGCUCUAUGUUGACAGAAUGAAUUACAGACUUCCAGAUAAGCAAUAAGUCAGCCACACAAUUUAUAAAAUAAACCUGAAUCACUAAUUUAUUAU